AUGCCGAGUUCCUCGCGACACGCGCGUACAGCGAGUCCCCCGCUCACAAGCACGAGCUAUUCGAAUACGCUAGCAGCUGGACAAAGACUAAAUGUAGUCACCCGUUUGGCCAUCGAAGGAAAGUCCCAGAGGGGUUCCGAAGGCGCGGCAAUCAGGAUGUAUCUAAAGAUGUCCAUUCCUCUGGACAGCAUUACCCCCGGGGCUACACUUGCUCUGUUCCCAGAGGAGAACCUUAAAAUCCUCGAUUCUCAGGUUCACCCUUUAGACAACAAUUCUGUGCCGUACAAUUUCUCGUCGACUACCUCACCCAUGCUCCACAGGGCUGCACGCGCGCUCAACCUCCCAGCACGAUCUUCUAGUAUGUAUGUCCCAACGCCUGAUUCUAUGUCCUCGUCCUCCGCGAGUAUUCCUCCAUUGGACAACAACUACACUGGACAUAUACUUGUGAGCGGGUAUCAUGUAUCCUACGUACUGCCGAGGGAGUUCCCGCGACGAGAGCACGAAAGCCGCAGCCGGCGCGGGGCUUCCGUCAUGCAAUUUAUGGCAUCAGUCGACAUAUGGGUGCCCUUCCUGUCUAGUCCGCCCCAAGCGCCCUAUCUUCGGCCACUCAAGUUGACGUCACGCAAGCUGUCUAUCCCAGUUCCUCGUUGCCUGUCAAAUCACAUCAAGCUCCGCAUAUUCCCUCCUAAUCCCUCAGCCGCAUCCUCUAUGGCAUCGAUCUCGUCCGCGGAUGAGGAGGGCGGAGCUUGGGAGCUCACCUCAGACCCCCACGUCACACGCAACACGGCGCGUCUCUCGCGUUCGCACUCGUACAAUAACUUCGCCGACGACGAGUCUAGCGACGCUUCGACGUCUGCAGGAUUUGCUGAAGGGUGCGGUAUCCAGGGUACAUUCCCUUGCACGGACCGUAUUCGCAUGCGGUGGGCGACGCCUGUGAAACCGGGUCAAGUGCCCGAGGCAGCUGACGGGCGCCGCCGAGUGGGCAUCAGGGAAGUGAAGGGCGAUAUGACCUGUGGCAUCCUGGGGAACAAGGGCAAGGGAUGGGACCGAGGCAGCUCAGGCGUCCUUAUGAAGUUGGAAUACACUGCGGUUUGCAAGGGCGUGUGGUUUCCUGGAGUUGCUACUCUGCUGGGCAUGGAUGUCGGUCUGGAGGCGGAGGAUUGUGAUGUCUCCUGGGCUCCGGGAUACGAGCAAAGGUGGGCGAUAAAUGGCAGUACAGGUUUUACCGGCUACGCCAUUGAUGGUCCGCCGAAGCCUGCGUCACGGCCCUCGACCUCUAGGCAGUCAUUCGCGGAUUACCCUCCGCCUUCGAUAUAUGUCCUCCCUUCGACCCCAGAUGGCAAGCUAGCAGUCAAUGGACAUACGCAAGCGUCACAAGGAUACGCGUCGAACUCACCGUCACCAUCGCUGUUGCGCGCACCACUGCCUGUUCAGAAUGUUGCCGACUAUUCCUUCGAGAGUUCUCCAGUGACGACUCCUACUGGCUCUGUGUCAUCCCUCACCUCCUUGACAGGCCCCUCGAGUCCGGAGCGCACCCGGAAAAAGCGGUCUUCGUCCAUCAAUGGACGAUACCCUGGGUCAGACACUGACGUGGAUGCUGAGGUCGACGUACGCCCGCCAAGAGCACCGAUUACGGUGCAUCUCAACAUGAAUGAGCUCCUUCCGCCACCCAGGAACGCCUUCACGUUCAGCAUCUCUGGAGUGGUCGUUGUUACGCAUCGCAAUACGCCCCUCACGCCCGAAUCGCGCAGAUCGUCUCCGCGGUCUCGUCCGCCAGCCGACAGCGAGAUUGACGAGGAGCCUGUCACGCUUCCGCGGUUCCGCAUUUUCUACGCGGACAAGGAGUCCAUAUCUACGGUCGUGCGCAAUGAAGCAGAUCGCACAUCUGUCGAUAUCUACGACCCGGUCAGCGCUCGAUCAGGUGGCAAGAAACUUCGCGCUGUCCUGCACAAGGGCAAGGACGCCCGUUGCGGCACCGAGGCGAUACGGGUUGCGGUGCAUGCCGCACAGACUGGACCUCCAAACUCUCGCCGCCAUGACUCGAGCGACGACAGCCUGGACUUUAGUCUUGGCCGCACUCGGACGUCCGGGGGCAUGCGUUCGGUCUCGUCAACCUCUCGCUUACGCGAGAUGUCUAUGAUGUCGUCGGCAAAGCUGCAGCCCCAAAGGGACGGUGCGCUUAUGAUCCCAACGGUGACUGCGAACGUCACGCCCUUGCUCGGUGAAGGGACCGGCUUCCAAAAUGGCUACGCUGUGCAUGUGUGCCUUCCUGCACCUGCUGAUACCGACUCCGAUUGGCUGGAGUUUGGUCUGGCUCUUCCUGGUAUGGGGGCGUCUAUAUCUGAUUCCAAGGAGCUAUCUAUGCGUCGUGGCGUCGCGGCAGACGGUCCGCCUAACAUCGACAUUGCUAGUGUUAGCCUGGAGGGUGUGCCAGUCCGGUUCCAGACGAGUACGGUCGCGAAACCUCAGACCGGAAACACCACGUUAACGUUCGAAGAGACUAGCGGCAAGGAAUGGAUCAGUUGGGUCAGAGUUCAUGUCGGGGAGAUCGGAGGUGGCAAGGUAGAACUCAUCUACCUUGUCAAGGGCCAACAGCAAGAGCCCCCCGCAGACGAGGAGGUCAAGGGCAAGCUUUAUAAGAAAGAUAAGCAAAAGGCUGUGGAUACAAUACCUAUGGAUAUCCUUUUGCCAAGUUUCGCCCUACCGGUCGGUCAGCUGCAAGUGGAUAUCUUUAUUCGAGAAGGCUAUGAAAUCACGUCCCUACGCACAAAUAUGGUGGAGCAGCAGUCGACCGUUCGCAGCCGUAGGCUACUAGGUCUUUCUUUGAGCGAGUUUUUCUACCCCCGUGUACGCCUAUGUAUUGCCGCCACACCUCAUCCGCCAUCGCGACAGCCACGGUCGUAUAAAACAUUCUCGAUUGGCGUCUUGGCGGCCACUUUCUUACUGCUCUUCGGCAUGGUCGUCAUGCAGAGAGUCGAUCUUCAGCGCUCAUACACACAACUGCAAGUCGCCAAAGCGUCCGCUGCAAGUUAUGCAGCGAUGCUCGAAUCUAACCAUAGCGAACCGCCGGAAACAGUCACAGUCACUGCUAGCGCUACAUCCGUUAUCACGGCUAGUGCACAUCGAUGGUGGCUGGGCACCGACAGUCCUGUCUCCAAUGAGCCGACGACUACGCCUGUGGAGACAAUGGGGACACCGGACCCAUCGACCACUACGUACGCGACGCUCUCGAGAGCAGAGACUGCAGAGAUGCCUACACUUACCCCUUCGCUCCUGAGCCCGUCGAAUACCCCAACUAACUAUGCUGUGAUGCCACCAAAAGACAUUGUCUGGUCACUAGGUUUUAACCUGCCGACGAUCCCUAUACCCCAUAUAGACUUUUCAGAAGCAGCGCGGACUACAGUGAAGACGGUCGUCGAUGGUAUGGGCUCGCUCUGGCAAUUGUUUCGAAAGGUUGUGCAUUACCCUCUAGAUCCCCCCUAG